UGGUAAAAAAAAGAGGCGAGAUUAUUAUCUCAUCAAAACGUAUGAUGUCCUGUUCGUUACAGAUCAAAAGUUUUUGAUUUAUAAAAAAACUAAUGAAGACGAAGACAUAAGGUAAUUUUUGAUUUGGUUUUUAUAAUUUGCAAUCUGUAUUAUUGAUUUAAUUAUUUUAAUCAGGUACGUUGUACCAUACGAAGAGUUAUACGAUCGUAUUAAGGAUUUUCAUGUUACCUAUUGAUGUAAUUAAUUAAAAUUUAUCUGCUGAACGGUCGANAACGGACAUAUAUUUUAUCCAUUUCAUGAAAUGGAAACUCUUAUUUUACACUUUGUGUAAUAUUUUAAAUUAAUUAUAUCAAUAGGUAACUUUUCGUGAAGUUGAAAUAAUAACAUUGAUACUGUUACAUACUAUAUUUAUUAUUAUUAUAGUCAACACCUGAUGGUAAAUAUAAAUGGAUCAUGAAUUAUCAGGACCACAAUACAAAAUUUGUAUUAUUGCAUCCACUUGAAAGCAAAUGGGCUAUAGAAGCGGCAAACAGAUUACUCACUAUUUUUCUUACAUUUGGGGCUGCUAAAAUACUUCAAAUUGAUAAUGGACGAGAAUUUGUGAACUCCAUUAUUAAGGAAUUAAAGGAUCUGUGGCCACAAUGUGUAAUAGUCCACGGUCGACCACGUCAUCCCCAAAAUCAGGGAAGCAUUGAAAGAAGUAAUCAAGACAUUCAAGUCAUCAAGGUUUUUUAA